CCGCUGUUGUAGCGGUUUGCCCUGAGCUAUACAGUAGAUUACUCUGGCAGAGCACAGAAACUUCGGCAGUGUUUAGAUAAAAGUUAUAAAGUAUUCAAACAUUGGUUGUUGGGGAGAUAUAUGACAUACUGUCCUGGAUUAUACGGAAUGGUUCCUGGUCUUUUGGCCUGAAUCAAAGUUCAAAAUUGUCAGCAGUUGAAGAACCUCUCCUAGCCCAGGCAGCUCAAACUCUCAAGAGGACUAAAGAGGCAUUUGGGGGAGAAUAGAAGAGUGAAGGGGGGGCCUGCCUGUGGGGGGAACUCUGGGAUUAGAGGCUAAUCCAGGACAAGGCCAAUCCCAGUGGAGCAUCUGCAUUUUUCGGUGCUCCUCAAGACCCCAGACUGUCAUCCAGAUUAUUUCAUUUAAUUUAUUGCCUUUUAAAGACUUAGCUGCUUUUUCCCCCUCCUUAAACUCCCAUGUUCUUUGCAGCGCCUGCCGAGCGGUCGACUGGAUUUGCUUAACUCUGAAAACAACGGAUCAGGAGGAGAGCAAGCGCAAACCCGAGAGAAGCCGCGUGGGUCGGGGGAGACGGGGGGCGCGCUGUGAGUGUUUACUGUGUGGGAGGAUCAAGUGACGGCCCUGUUCGAGGAGCUCCGCUGAUCAGAGAGCGUCUGCUGCAGUACGAUACGGCGGGAGGGUGAAAGGUCGGCGACGGAGGAGAGGCUAAGGGAGUACCACUCCACACCAGGCAUCAGGAGGCAUCGCAGUCCGAGGCCUUUCUUCACAUCGUUUGACCACGUCACUAAGACUGUGGGACACUAAAGAUAGUGAGGAGUUUGGCGUGGGUGACACAUUGUCCCCCGUGUGCCCAGAAACAGGCUGAGGGGCAGUUUUCACUGUCAUCCCGUAGCUGUUGACUCGCCGUCUCCCUGAGGUCUGUGCAUGCAGAGCACGUGAGUCCUGGUGGCGUGGGAGCGAUGCCAGCAGGUUCUGGAUGAAUGAUGACAUCCAGGAAACGCAGCGCAUCAAACCCUGCGGCCGGUGCCGUCACCAAAAUCUGGGGCUCGCGCCCAGCUGUGGCCUAGGAUCCACGUCUCCACGCGCUGGCACCAGGCCUGGCAGCGAACUUAAAGAAAGGGAGCGUCGGGGGAAAUCAAAGGCUGGACAGAGCAGGGGUGGCUGGCCGCAAAUUAGAGGGCUUUCUUAGAUCUGACGCAAUCCCACAGAGGCUCCCCAUAACGGUUCAUUAAUGAAGUCAGGCUUGUCAGCCAGUCAUGGUAGAAAGCUUUUAAAAGCGACAACAGCUCACAAAUGUGUGCGACUUUGUCAAAAUAUUUAAAGAACAAUAUCCAUCACUCUACAGCCUUGCAAUAACAAAUAGAGAGUGCAGCGUAGUCUGGGUUGGCAAUUUUAAAUUAACAAGUUAUCUUUAGCAAUAAAAAGGGACAUGUCUUAGUGCAUUUCUUAUCUUGCAACAGCAAAUGUCACUGGCAGUUUAAGUAUAAACGAGCACAUUCACAGAGAGGGCUUGCAAGUGUUUGAAAACAUUGAACUGUUAGUUUAACUUAGUGGGAUUUAGCCCAUGAGGAGCACUUUGUAGAGUUUUGUUUUAUAAUAAAAUGAAGAGUGGGUUUUUUUUCCUGAGGAAGGAACUGUACCUAUUUGUGGGAGUGUUCUUAAUUAUGAACUAAUCCAGGAAAAGGAAGCACUGAAGUUCCUUUGUGGUCCUUUUGUCAGGCAAAAUAGGCUGGAGAGUUUGUCUGUUGGCUAUUUUUGAGGUCAUUGACAGACGAGUCGGUGGAAUUUAAUUACAAACAUCUCUAGAGGAAAAUGGACUUCAGCCCUGGAGAACAGGAUUGUGUUGCCUUCUAGCAAAUCAAUCAAUAUGAGCAAAGCUGAAGCUCACUGCCAAUAGCAGCACAAGAGUGCUCAUUUUAUUGUGUACUUGUGUAUUGUGUAUAAGUGAACAAAGCUGAAGUUUUGCUGUCUUUGUAAAGAGGACCUAAAUGGUUGCAGGCUUUGACUGCAGGACUUUCUCCAUCUGGAGCAACAUUUAUUUCGAAACUGAUGUUUUAUAAACCAGAAACCCAGAGCAACUUUGGAGCCCGGCAGCCCUGACCACAUACCCGCUGUAGGUUUCCAGCAACCGGGGACAUGCAUAUUUUCAACUCCCAUUUCUCUUGACAGAGGCCUUCUGGAUAUGGACAACUACCGGUGCCAGGAAUGGUACUCUGGCUUUAUGAAUAGCAUCAGUAGGAGCUACAGCUACAACUGAAACUGCACUGUUAGAUCACUGAGUGGAUUGAGGUGAACGAGGGAAACACUUCUGCCAUAUUCAGGUUUCCUCCUUUGAAAAGACUGCAUAGGAGAGACCUCCUGAGGAAUACAAAGGUUUUGGACUACUGCUUUUGUCAGUGUUUGAGUUUUUUUUUUUCAGACUUUUCACAACAGAUUUAGUUUUUGUUUGUAAAGCCGGCUGUGGUCACCAGCAGCAUGAACCUGGGCAAGCUCUCCGGCCUGAAGGGGCUGGUGUCCAACUCCAGUGGCAAGCGCAAGUUCAAGGGCGAGUUGACGACGGACAUGAUCAGCCCACCGCUCGGCGACUUCCGACACACCAUGCACGUUGGACGCGGCGGUGAUGUCUUCGGCGACACCUCAUUCCUCAGCAACCACGGCGGCUCAGGGUCCAAUGGCGAGGGAGGAGGCAGCGGCGAGGCCGCCGCCAGCGCUCCGAACACGGCGCCCUCCACGCCUGGCAAAAGCGAGGGCUUCUUCACGCGCACGCUGCGCCACGUCCGCAAGACGCCCGACCCCCGGCCCCCGGGGAGUGCCAAGGAGCCGUCCCAGCCGCCGCCGGCCGUCUCACCCAUCAUCAAGAACGCCAUCUCCCUGCCCAGGCUGGACGUGGACUCACCCAAUGGGUGUCCGGUCAAGGUGCUGUUCCCCAGCUCGCCCAAGUCACCUGAGGACUCCAGCUACUCCUAUGGUGUGGAGUCCGGCUUCGUCACUUUGCCUCGCCUCUCCCGCUCGGAGCGCCAGCAGCAGGGCGCCUCCUCCACCUGCUCCCCAGACACCUCACGGGGCUCGCUGACUGACCUGCCCGUCCUGACGCUCUCUGCCCCGGUCACCAGCUCCAGCUACGACCCCGACUCCCUCUCCUUCUCCGGCUCGCUCACCUCCUUCACCCUGGACCUGGGCCCCUCCCUCAUGAGCGAGGUCUUCAGCCUGAUUGACACCCCCAGCAGCCAACGGGAGCUCAACGACACUGUUCCCGGUGACAUCGGCGUGGAGGGGGAGGAUGAGCCCGACCUGACCUAUGACUUCCCGACCACGGCGCCCACCAACAGCCACCCCCACCCUAACAGCCGACCGGAGGUGGACUCGGCCACGGUGUCUCUGGUGGACUCCCUCCUGAGGGAGGACUACAGCGGGAGCAAGGCCCUGUAUGGCCUGGACUGGGGCGAGGACGAGUCCCUCCGAGGGUCCACCACAGACAGGCCUCUGAUGGGGGCCGGGAGCAGCGGCCGCGGGAGCAUCACCAGCAGCGGUAGCAGCAGCGGCCGGCACCAUGCCGCCCAGGGCAUGGACGCCGAGCAUUUCCAGAGGGCCACUGAUGUGCUGGCACGUCACUAUGGCAGCGGCAGGUCAGGGUCAUCCGGGUCAGGGUUCCACCAAGGCAGCACCCUCACGGACUCGACCAGGUCAAGCCAGAGGAGGGUGCCGUACCUCUACCCAGACGAGGAGGAGGAGAUCAAAGUCUAGCGUCUAGAGGGGGGUUAAACUAGAGAUGGACACCAGCAAAUGCUACCAGUUGAGAGUUUUGGAACAUAACCUAUUUUCUAUCGACACUUUCCUUUUUUUAUCUAAUUGAAUUUUUAAUCUAUCAUGAUCUGACGAUAAGGAAAGUAAUUGGGCUACACAAGGCCUCCUACUAUUCCUCAUUAAAAGUAAUGAAUGGGUAUGAAACAUUCCUCUGAAGAGAUGGAGAAGCUUUAGCCAUUGUCUUUUCAUCAUAUACUGGAGUCAGAAAAGAUUUUUCCACUUUUCACCAGUCCACUUUUGAUAACUUUAUUCUGUAGACAUAACAUUACUGUGCAGUACAGCGGAAGGGAAAUGAGUGGUCAUGGAGCCACUUAUCAGGUAUAUCUUUUGAGUCAUCAGUCUGACCUGGUGGACAUUCUGUGCACCCAUUACUCACUCUCAGGAUAGUCGUAGUGAGAGGGUUUGAUACUCUGUCCAAAAAUACUCUACACCUGUCAACUGUGUCCACAUUUGUAUUGAAUGUACACUUUUGGUAUUUUAAAUGCACAAGUGAUAAACACUAUCGUAUAUGACCCUAUUGCAAGAGAUACUGCCUCACUCUUUUAGCGCUUGGUAUUCAAAUAAGAGACUAGAUCGAAACGAAUAUGUAUCUAAUGCAUUCGCGGGAGAGAUGUUAAUAGCCAUACAUAUUCUCAGCCUCUCACUGUAAUCAUGGUUUUGAUCUGACUGACUCACUAGUUGAUGUACCGUCCCUGGUCAAACUCUUCAGUGACUCACCCAGACAGAGGACACUUCAGGAUUCUGAAGAUGUCUAAAGAUUCUGUGACCGAUUCAUUCAGAGACUUGACUGAAUGUGAGGAGAUGUGUUUGUUUGUUUGUUUUUAUAUUAUGUUUGUUAGCAAGUAAUGACAAUGCACAUGUACACAAAUAUGCAACAUUUCACCAGAGCUAUUGUUAAAAAUUACAAUAAAGAUCCUUAAAAUAUA